GAAAGGUCUGACAAAACUGGAGCAACUGGAGAACUUGCCAUUGAGUCUCGAAAGUUUGACCUUGGCUGGUCGCUUCAACUCUUCGCUGGAAGGCGUGAUUCUGCCGAAGAAUCUUCGCAGCUUGACUUUUGGCGAUGGAUUUAAUCAGAGCUUGGAUCAGAUUUCAUGGCCGCAAGAACUCGAACACUUGACCUUUGGUGACCGAUUCAACCAGAGCCUGGAGCAUGUGACGUUGCCUCCCAAGCUUCAAAGUUUGACGUUCGGCUACGAGUUCAGUUGGAGCCUUCAGGGGGUUCACUUGCCUUCGUCUCUGCAAGACCUGACCUUCGGUGGGAGGUACAACAUGAGUUUGGAGUUUGUGAACUUGCCUAGUAGCCUUCAAAGCUUGACUUUUGGCGAAGACUUCAACCAAAGUAUCCAGCCUGUGACUUUGCCAAGCAGUCUACGGAGUUUGUCUCUGGGUGACGCUUUCAACCAGAGUCUGGAGGAUGUUGUGCUGCCAGAUUCUCUUCAAUUCUUGACCUUCGGCUCCGUGUUCUCUUCCAGCCACCACUUGUCUAUGACCUUCCCUGCAACUCUCCAGUCCCUGACCUUCAGCGAUGACUUCAACGAGCCCUUGAGACACCUCGACCUACCGAACCUGGAGACCUUGUCGCUCGGGGCAGCCUUUAACCAGAGCCUGGAAGAUGUACGAUGGCCAAGCAAGCUGAAGAGUUUGAGUUUGGGUCGACAUUUCGACCAGAGCCUGGAGCAUGUGACGUUUCCAAGCACUCUUCAAUUGCUGGACGUUGGCAUGAUGUUCAAUCGCAGUUUGGAUGCGGUGGAUUUGCCGAACCUCCACAGUUUGACGUUAGGCAACAGUUUCAAUCAGAGCCUGGAACACGUCGCGGAUCGCGUCAUCAAUUUGCAAUGCUUAUCGCUUGGUGGAGGCUUUAGCCACAGUUUGGAGCAUCUGAAGUUUCCCAAUCUGCGAUCCCUGACCUUUGUGGACAGCUUCAACCGCGACGUCAGUGGCACCUGGCCCAGCACGCUCCGAAGGGUGACCUUUGGAAGGGACUUUAACCAGACCUUGGAGCGGAUCAGGUGGCCUCUUCUGGAAUCCUUGCGGUUUGGAGAUGAGUUCAAUCAGAGCUUGGCUCGCGUGCAGCUGCCGAGCAGCCUUCGCAGUCUGGUCUUCGGUCGACGGUUCGAUCAGAGUUUGGAACAGGUCAGUUUGCCGGAAGAUCUGACGAAUUUGACCUUCGGAAGCCUUUUCAAUCAGAGUUUGGAGAACGUUUCAUUGCCCUCUGGCCUUGAAUGCUUGACAUUUGGUGAUCGCUUCAACCACGACCUGGAGUACGUGACCUUGCCAAGUCAUUUGCGAAACUUGACGUUUGGGAUGCACUUCACUCGGAGUUUGGAAGGCGUCACUUUCCCCACGAAUCUUGAGAGUUUUUGCUGUGGCCGGCAGUACCCAGAGAGUUUGCGACAGGUGCUUUUCCCCGGCUCUUUGCGUAGCGUAGAGUGCCAGGGUUUGAUGGUUGCAGUGAGCCCUGAUGAAAAAGGUGAGUGGGACAUCAGGAUUUCGACCUACCAAGAAAAACAUAUGUCAACAUGGAGGACAUAG